AUGACUGGGAUUACUCUGUUCCUCUUGUUUCUGGUGUUUCCCCUUUACAAGACAGAGGAGCAUGUCGUUAACGAGCUGUACACUCUUAUAGAAAAGGGUCAGAGCAGCUUUGUGGAUCCAGCUGCGAGCAACCAGAGCAGGCUGGUGGUUAAAGAGCCCUCCCUGCCUAUCAAUGAACUUCUAGAGAAAAGCAGCAGGACCGGCGAUACUAAAUUUACCCUCCAUCCUCUACCCUCUGCUGUUUGGCCAAAGCACAGUGACCUGGCUCCCAUCCCUCGUCACCACAGUCCCCACAACAAGAGCAAGAAGGGCCCCAAGAGUGACCGUCUGAUAGAGCUCAACAGUGAGAAAACCAGAGGAGAGGCUGCUGGUUUGCUUCCAAAAACCCUGCUGACAGGAGCUACAGCAGCCGCCAACAACCGUACCGUGCAGAGAACCAGCAGCCAGGACACCCAGUCGAGCAUCAGUCCUCCUCAGCAGACUGAGCCAGAGGUACACCCCAACUCCAGACCCAGGGCUCCACCACACCCGCAGCCUGCUCAGCCGCACCAGCCAGCCUCUUCCCCGCGCAGAGAUUCCCCCAACCGACGGCUGGACCCAGAGGAGAACCGCCCAGGGAAGUCCAGCCUCUACCAGUCAGGUAUCGGUGCAGCGACCCGGAACAACAGCCGCCCAUCUGUCAUCUUCAACCGGCGCUCCUCCAGCCUGCUUUACCAGUUUGACAUCCUGAGGCGAGAGCCCGACUUCACACAUGAUGCCUUCUGCAUGAGUGAGUGCAGGAAGGAGAAGGAGGAGAGAGAGUAUUACUGCUACAGUGAGUUUGCUGUCAAUGGGAUUGUUCAUGACAUUGACGUUUUGCGAAAAGGAAUACGCCUCAUUACGCUGAUGGUGAGCAGUGACGGCUUCUACAAGAUGAGUCGUCUCUACGUGACCCCAGACAGCUUCUUCUUCAAAGUUCGCCUCCUGGUCCUGGACACCUACAAGUGCAGCAAACCCUGCCCGGAUAUCAAACUGGGGACCAGAUACAUUGUCAUGGGUCAGAUCUACCAUCGGAGGCGCCAUCUUCCCAAUGACCUCCUGAACCUGCUGGGGGGUAAACUGAAGCCCGGAGACGGCCUCCUGAGAAGCAACAACUACGUGAAGAGAUUCAACAAACGGAGGCACCAGAAAGCCCUGGAGGCCACCCGCUCCAGGUGGUGUCCCCCUCAGCCCAAUUUAAUUUUCUCAAAAUUUCUGAUAUUGACAUCUCCUCUUGAGCUCUUUAUUCAAUCAUGGCAGCUCGGCCGCUCGGUUCCCAGGCUCGAAGAAGCCUCUAUCUGGGAUCAACGCUGGAGGGAGCAGAUGCAGGCGGGCAGGAAACAGGAGCCUGCUCCACAUCUUGGCUACUAUCGCAGCAGGAGGACAUUCCUCAUCGCAGAGGAUGUAAAGGACGAGGAGGAGGGAGAGAAGGGGGUGGGAGAUAUCUCCUAUUUGCUUCCUGUGUGA